CUAAACUUUACUGCUUAACAGUGACUGUGACUACAUUUCAGCUACAGGAUCACCAAAAUGAAAGUGAUGUUUGUUUUCUGUUUUUAAGCAGCGGGUGCUUUAUUUCUCUAAAGUUCGCGCAGAGCUGCACGCAUUGGAGCCGAGGCGCGUUAAGCUGCUCAAACUUUGGCCUACUUAUUCACACAUUCAACGCAGUUGUUGCUUUGCAGGCUGCCACGGUACGAACAAUAUCAGCUGGUCACGGUAGAAAACUGACACAGAUAAAAUUCCCCCGACUUGUUGCAUGUUUUGGACAUUGGAUGUGCCUUUCAAAAUAAGUGCAGGGAAGAGAAUGUGCUGCUGUUGCUGCUACACUGCUGCCACAUCACACCUAGGAGCUGCACAUUGGACCACAGCUUGUUUCCAAACUCCUGCCAUAUAAUCAUGCCUGCACAUGCAGUACCUUGCACACUAGUGAAAAUGAAUGCACUCUCAUCCAGCAAUCCUGCAUUUAUCUUCACGAAGUUCAGGGAUCCAGGGAGAGCGGGGCUGCAAGAUGAGGAGGACUUUGUGGACGUAUUAAAGGAGAGGAGGACCAGCAGUGACCUCGGCUUCGUCCUCAAGACUUUCAACCCCCAGCCGCUCCGAGAUGCCACGCCAUGCUCCCCCGCCGAGCUCAACAAAGCCGUGCUGGAGUCCCAGCAUCUGCGUUACGUCGCCAAAGAGAUCGCCACGGAGACGGGGUCGUCGGUGGAGGACGUGAGACGGGAGGCUGGCGAGAUUCUGGAGGAAAUGUCUCAGAACCUGCAGCUGGGGUGUAUCAGGCUGAUGGGCUACGUUCUGAGCAAGGUGUUCAAGAGGCUGUUCAGGAGCAUCUUGGUCAACGUGGACGGACUCAACGCGCUCCAACAAGUCAGUCAGGAGAGGCCUGUGAUCCUGAUGCCUAAUCACAGGAGCUACAUGGACUUCCUGGCUAUCUCCUACGUCCUGUUCAAUCACGACAUACCUCUACCGGUUAUAGCUGCAGGAAUUCCUCUGGCAGGGAUGAAGAUCGUAGGGGAGCUGCUGCGUCGCUCCGGAGCGUUCUUCAUCCGACGUGCCAUCGGCUCCGACAAGCUCUACUGGGCGGUGCUGUCAGAAUACGUCCGGACCAUUGUCAGGAGAGGAUUUGCUCCUAUGGAGUUUUACGUGGAAGGUCUGAGGAGUCGCACACUAAAGUCUCUGACGCCCAAGCUGGGUAUGAUGCACAUGGUGCUGGAGCCCUACUUUAAAGGCGAGGUGUAUGACAUUGCAUUGGUGCCCAUCAGCAUCAGCUAUGACCGGGUGCUGGAGGAGUCGCUGCUCGCACACGAGUUGCUGGGUGUCCCAAAGCCCAGAGAAAGCACGGCGGGUCUGCUGAAGGCGAGCAAAGUUCUGCAGGAAGAUUACGGCAGCAUGCACUUGAACUUUGGCCGGCCCCUUUCUGUUCGACAGCUGUGUGAGGGCAAGAUAAAUCGCUGCCAGUACAACCUCAUACCCAGAGAUCUUCCUCAGAAGCCCACUACAGAGGCCCAGGCCUGCGUGAGUUGGCUGGCUCAUCUGAUGGUGCGAAUCCAAGAGGAGGGCUCUGUGCUCAGCCCCUGGUCUUUGAUGGCCUGCCUGUUGCUCCAGGCUCCGACCAGAGAUUUGACAGAAGAGGGCGUGCUGUGGCACCAGCUCACAGAGAAAACCCUCUGGCUCAGGGAGCUGGCGCUGAGCUUUGGGGCUCAUCUGAACUGGCCCGCUCAAGUCUCGGACUCGGAUGUGUUGUCGUCCACCGUGGCUCUCCACCGAUCCAGCGUUCUCCGCAAAGCCGACCGCGUCUUCCUGGUCCGGGAGGAAGAGCCUGCGGAGAGGCGGCCGGCCGGCACGGAGGAGGGCGUGCUCGGGACGGCGGCGGCGAUGCUGAUGCUGGCUUCCUAUAGGAAUCAGUCGCUGCACGUGUUUGUUCGUCCUGCCAUGAUCGCAACGGCCAUGCACAUCACGAAAAGCACGCAGAGAGACGAGCUCUUCAGCUUCUUCUGCUUCCUGCAGGAUGUCUUCUCCAGUGAAUUCGUCUUCAUCCCAGACGGGUCAUCUCAGGACUUUGAGGAGGCAUGCUUCCUCCUGAAGAAAUGUGGAGCCAUUCACAUGAGUCCACAGGAAGUGUCUGUUUCAGACGCUGGCGUGGAGGUGCUGACAUUUCUACAAGAGCUGCUCCAACCCUUCGUGGACUCCUAUCAGCUGAUGUUCAGGUACCUCUGUGAAGACGGAGUCCAUGUGUUCUCAGAGAAACAGUUCCUACCUGCCGUGAGGAACCUGGCAACAAGGCUCAUCCUCACUGGUGAGCUCCACACCUACGAGGCGCUCUCUUCGGACACACAGAAGAACGUUUUGUCGGCGCUGCGCAGGCUGGAGGCCGUGACAAAGCUGAGGGCGUCCGAGGAGAACGAAUACAAAGUGAACAAAGCGGUUGUGAAAAGAACCUGGGAUAUACUCUCUGGGAAAAUCCCUCCCCAGAUGCUCCGCGCUACACCUGACGCAAGGCUUUAGUUUCAGUUGGAGCGGACCCGUUUUCAGUAUCAGCUGACAUACCUGUUUUUAACCAGUCUUCCUUAUAUAUUUCCUUCCUACCCAUCGGUACUACUGCUACCUGCACUCUGAGCCUGCGCACAAAACGCCUUAUCCUCGAUGUCAGUGGUUAGACUUAAUCUUGGCUGCAUUCCACUCUUGAGUGUUGGCUACCUCUGUGCCCUUGUGCUCAUUCCUCGCAGACGCGAGAGGGCUGAGAUGAAGCUAAAACGCUUUGACACGGUGACCCAAAGGCUGAAGUAUGUCUGGUUGUGUUUGAUGGUUUUGAUCACAAUUAGUAGAUGAACGAUGAGAAAUUUCAAUAUUUCUGGCCUCCUAAAUAUGAUGGAAGCAUUGCUGAUGUUUAAAUGCGUAAAUAAUUUAAAUAACAAUUUUUGGUUAAAGUAGAUAAUGACUUAAUGCACUUUAAAUAUACUACUUGAUUGCUGGUUGAUCUUGAUUGCUUAAAUGACAUAGUAAACACUGAUUAAUGACACAUGAUGUAUUAAUGCCAUGACAAUAUCAAAUACCAAAAACCAUAAAAAAAUCUCAGUUGUUUAAGACUUUUAUUUGAACUUCUUUACAUCUGGACAAAUGUAAAAUGUAACAAAAUGCACCAUUGUUUACCCUUAAA